GGGAGGGGGGGGGACUGACCGUUAAGGCUGCAUCCUCCCGGAGCCAGGGGCGGCCCCUCCUUGCAGGCAGCGAGGCCCCGGAAAGCUCUGGGGACGUGGGAACACCCCUCCCCCAAUCCCUAGGAGUCCCGCGUCGAAUCCCAGCUCCACUGUUUACAAGCCGCGUGUCUGAGGCGAGGGGCUUCUCCUCUCUGAGCCUCAGUCUCCCUGUCCGUACAAAUGGGAAUAACAGAGGUCCCCACCCAAGGAGGAUUAAUCCAACCUUACGUGUGUAUACCACUUAGCACAGUAGCCCUACUGCAAACAUUAGGCGUUGAGUCAAUUGAAAUUAUUAUUUUUGUCCCCAUCACCCACAGUACUAAUAUUUGGGAAAGACAGGAGGGGCCGGAGACCCUAAUUCCCCUUUGGGGCUGCCUUGUCCCUUUCUGGUGCCCCCUACCAUUCAUCUUGUCAUUCAAUAGCAAUAACAGUAGUGGCGAAAAUAAUAUUCCUGAUAAUAGUCCUAGUGAGAGGUAAGGUGUGUGAGGACUGGCUGGCUGCCCUUUCUCUUCUAAACACUGGACUAAACAACCUCACCAACCCCUGAUCAGCCGCAACUACAAGGGCGAUGUGGCCAUGAGCGAGAUUGACCACUUCAUGCCCUUGCUUAUGCAGAGGGAGGAGGAGGGCGCCCUGGCCCCACUGCUGAGCCAUGGCCGGGUCCACUUCCUGUGGAUCAAAUACAGCAACCUCUACCUGGUGGCCACCACGCUGAAGAAUGCCAAUGCCUCCCUCGUGUACUCCUUCCUCUACAAGACAGUGGAGGUAUUCUCCGAAUACUUCAAGGAGCUGGAGGAAGAGAGCAUCCGAGACAACUUCGUCAUCGUCUACGAGCUGCUGGAUGAGCUCAUGGACUUCGGCUUCCCACAGACCACGGACAGCAAGAUCUUGCAGGAGUACAUCACGCAGCAAGGCAACAAGUUGGACACGGGCAAGUCGCGGGUGCCACCCACCGUCACCAAUGCGGUGUCCUGGCGCUCGGAGGGCAUCAAGUACAAGAAGAACGAGGUCUUCAUUGAUGUUAUAGAGUCAGUCAACCUCCUGGUCAACGCCAAUGGCAGUGUCCUGCUGAGUGAGAUCGUGGGCACCAUCAAGCUCAAGGUGUUUCUGUCGGGAAUGCCCGAGCUGCGGCUGGGCCUCAACGACCGCGUGCUCUUCGAGCUCACUGGCCUUUCAGGGAGCAAGAACAAGUCCGUGGAACUGGAGGAUGUGAAAUUCCACCAGUGUGUGCGGCUCUCUCGCUUUGACAAUGACCGCACCAUCUCCUUCAUCCCGCCCGACGGUGACUUCGAGCUCAUGUCCUACCGCCUCAGCACCCAGGUCAAGCCGCUGAUCUGGAUUGAAUCUGUCAUCGAGAAAUUUUCACACAGCCGCGUGGAGAUCAUGGUCAAGGCCAAGGGGCAGUUUAAGAAGCAGUCAGUGGCCAACAGCGUGGAGAUAGCUGUGCCAGUACCCAGCGAUGCCGACUCCCCACGCUUCAAGACUAGCGUGGGCAGUGCCAAGUAUGUGCCGGAGAAGAACAUCGUUAUCUGGAGUAUCAAGUCUUUCCCGGGGGGCAAGGAGUACCUGAUGCGUGCCCACUUUGGCCUCCCCAGCGUGGAGAAGGAGGAGGUAGAGGGCCGCCCCCCCAUCGGGGUCAAGUUUGAGAUUCCCUAUUUCACCGUCUCCGGGAUCCAGGUUCGAUACAUGAAGAUCAUCGAGAAGAGUGGUUACCAGGCCCUGCCCUGGGUCCGCUAUAUCACCCAGAGUGGCGACUAUCAACUUCGUACCAGCUAGAAGGGAGAAGAAGUGGGGGCUUGAAUAUGGGCCAUCCUCUCCCCAGGCCCCGACUGCAGACUCUAGAGAAAGGGAGGGAAAAUGGGGUGCGUGUGUAUGUGACGGCAGUCCCUGAAUUAGCAGCUUCUUAAGGGCUGGCUCACACCCAGCCUUUUCCUUUACCCAUAGGCUGGGAGGGAUGAUGGUCUCCCUGUCUCCAAGCUCCCGCCCCUCCUCCUUCCUCCAAUUUUAUAUGAAGAAAUAGAAGAGGGGCUUGAAGUCCCCCUCAUGAGUGCCUUCUUGCAGUGACCUGCCUUAGGAGGUGUGGGGAGGCCCUCCUCCACAGCUGCUGAGCCCAGAGGCCCCGCUGGCCCAUUCUGAGUUUUAGGAUGACAUUAAAAAGAGGAAUCUA